GCCAAGUGUCAAAGAAAUUUAUACAGAUUGAAUAUUAUUAAAAAACUAAUAAAUAAAAAAUGAGUGUUGAGGCUGGUAUUUUUCCAGAGCGUAUAAAAAAAACGAAUUAUUCAUGUUCAGUAAAGGAUUGUAUCAGUCGUGCUGAAAAAAAUUUUAAUUUAAGAUUUCAUAUGUUUCCAAAGCCCAAUAAAUACAUAAUCAAAAACAAAAACUUGGAAACAGUAGAUCGUUUUUUAGUGUGGAAAAAUUUAUUAAAAAUAACAAAAGUAACCAACUACACAAGAGUAUGUUCUUUACAUUUUUCAAAAUGUGACUACAUCUUACCAGAUAUUCGUUCAUCACAAAAACAAUUAAAAAAAACAGCUAUACCAACGUGUAACUUGCCAGAUCCUGUGAUGCUUAAUGAGUUUAUUAAUGUACAACAAUUAUCAUCAAACUCAUCAUCUCCUGUCGAUAAAAGUUCAUCUUUUCCUGAAAAUGAUGAUGAAGAAUUAUCUUUAAAUUCACCACGUCAUCCAGACUCACCAUCUCUUGAUGGUAAUAUUGACCAAAUAAAUUCACCACAUUGUUCUAAUGAUGUUAUUGAUUUGUCAGUGAAGUUAAAUUGUACUGAUAUAACUGACCAAGAUUGUGAAUACCAAAAUACACCAAAUUAAUUUAUAUAUCGUACUGAUGCUGAACUGAAAGAUGCAACUGGUAUAGAAUCGUUUUUCUUACUUGAUUAUAUUGUUGAAAUAUAUGAGAAUAUAUCUGCAUUCAAUCAUAAAGAAGAUAUGAGUAUAAAAGAUAAAAUUAUUAAAACAUGCUCUGAAAUAAAAAAAAGAAAAGUUGACACUUCAAUGCAGUGUGAUAUUGAUACUGAUGGUUCAAUGGAAUCAAAUUGUUCUUCAUCUGUUGAUGAUGUAAAUGAGGUCAACAUGUUUGAUAAUUCAAUGGAAUCAAGCUGUUCUUCCAACAGUAACUGGACUACUUCUUCAUGUUAUAAUGAUGGUGAUGCUAAUGAUGUGCUUAAUUUGUCAAAUACAUCAAGUUCUGAUAAUUCAUUUGAGGAAAGCGAUCAGGUAUUAGACAUGUCAGUCAACACCAGUUACAGUCGACAUAUUGGAGUUCAAGUAAACACUGGUUUGAUCUCUCCUCUUUUUUGUCUUAAUACUGAUGCUGAGCUAAGUACUGCAACAGGUAUUGAGUCAUUUCCUAUUCUCGAUUUUAUUGUUGAAGUUGUUAAAUGUGUUAUAGGAAGUUCUAAUUGGCAUAAAAAAAAGAGGAUGAGCACCAGGGAGCAAAUAAUCAUGACGUACAUGAAAUUGAAGCACAAUGCAUCAUAUGCUUUAUUGUCUUUAAUAUUUAAAGCUUAUUCAGAAAGACAUUGCCAACGAGUAUUUAAGAAAAUGAUUUGUAUAUUGAGCAAAUGUUUACCAAAGCUCGCUAUUCGUUGGCCUUCAAGGGAACAAAACUCAAGAAAUAUGCCUAAAUGUUUUGAAAAUUUCGAGGAUGUUAUUGUGAUAGUCGAUUGUACUGAGAUUCAUAUACAAGUUCUACCUAAUCUUUGUUGUCAGUUACUUACAUAUUCACAUUACAAAGGUUACAAUACAUUCAAGUUUAUGACAGGAGUAAGUCCAUCUGGUACAAUUACAUUUAUUAGCAAAGCAUAUGG